AUGGACCCAGAGUACCGCUCAAUUGCGCGCAUUCUGGCAACCAGCCGGGCGCCAAACAUCAUUGCUGAGGUGACGCAGGACCUGCUGGUGCGCUGGCCGCUUACUGCCAUGCCUCUUUUGGCCGCAUCGCGGCAGCUGGAGCUCCUGGGCCAGUACAUAGCGACGUUGCGCGUGCGCGCGUAUCGCGACCGCAUAGCAUCGACAGAGGAGCGCGCACGUCUGCAGGGCAACGCCGUAGACCGGGCUGCCCAUUGGCUAGUUGUGGGUGCGUGGCAGCGCGAGGCCCACGGAAUUAGCGAUCAGACCGACCGGCAGGCCAUAGCGGCUCUAUUUAAAGUGGCCGAACGCAGCUCGGGGCUGCCGGCGCUGGCGCUGUUGGCAGGCGUGCUGCGGGCAAUGCAGGCUGAAAACGUAGUCGAUCCGCUGGUUGAGCAAUGCGCAGUGGUGCUGGCGAAUGUCGUCCGGGAGCUGGGCAGCCGCGACGAGGGCUUUGGCGGGGAGCAUGGAACGGCAGCGCUGAUUAUGGUGACUGGCGUGGUGGAUGCGAUGGCGCCUGGGCAUGUACGGAUGCUGGCCGGGCAGUGUGCGGCGAUGGUUGCGGCGGUGUUGGAUCCGCAGGGCGGAGUGCUGGGCAUGGAGCGGAUUGCCAUGUGGUGGUGCGAGAGAUUGGCGGGGGUGGUGCGGGCGUUGACUGUGCUGAUCGACAGCCCGGCAUUGGCACUGCCGGAUGCUGCGCGGAUUGUGCAUGUGGUGCAUGCGAAUGCCACAGCCGCACUGCUGGCCUAUGAGCGGGCGGCUGCAAAGCUGCCGGCGUUUGCGGAGGACGCACAGCCGCCGGAGCUGCAGCUGCUGGCGGCUACAGUUCUGGCAGUGCUGCAUGUGCUGGAGGCGGUGCUGCAGCGGUACUUUAUCGACGACGCUGGCCCAAACGAGCAGCUGGUGGUGGAUCUGUGGGUGGCUGUGGUGGAUGCCAUGGCCUGUGUGCAUUUUGCGACGCUGGCGUUUGGCCGCUCGGGCGUCGACGUGUUCAAGCGGGCCAGCUCCCUGGCGCUCGGGUUCAUUGUGGCGCGCCCCCCGCACGUUGCCAAUGCGGCGGUGCGGCGGCUGUUCCACAGCCAGCCGUGUUUGCUGUAUAUGGCCGCGCGGCCGGUCUGGGGAAUCCACGCGGUGCGCAGCUGCACAGUGCUGUUCUACAUGGACUUGCUGGAGCACCUGGUUGGCCGCCUGGCGAACAACACGCUGAUGACCAUGGUUUUGCCGCUGGUGACGCGCUACGCCGACUCCAAUGCAUUGCGAUACGCUGGCCCUGACUGGUUCGAGUCUGCGCACGCCGUGGUGCUGGCGGUGCUGGAGGCAGUGAAUAGUGAGGACUCGGCAGUCCAAGCCGAGGGGGAAUGGCGCCGCGCGGCGCUGGUGGUGGAGGUGGUGCCAUGGUAUACGGAUCUGCUGCUGGAGCUGUAUCCGGGCAGGGGCAUUUCUGGCGAGCUUCUGCUGAUUGCAUAUACGGCGGCGGUCCGGGCUGCGACAGCGCACAGCGCGCCAGUAUUGGCGCAGGAUGCGGAUGCGGUGCCGGUGAAUCUGGGCUAUGCGCUGGCGUGGGAGCGUGUGGAGGCGCUGGAGCGGAAAAUCGACGCCCAUGUGCGGAACACCGUGACGGCCACAGUAUCGAGACAGGAGCUGAUGCUGGUAUUGCUGGAGCUGCUGACCGCAGUGCCGCUGGAGCUGCUGCCGAAACUGAUGGACAAGUUCCAGGUGCGCUGGGAGGCAGAGCCCGAGUGGGCUAUGCGUCGCGCACUGCUGGAUGCCGCCCAGGACAUGGUCGUUGAGCGUGCAGAGCUGGCCCGCAAGCCGGCCUUGGCAAUGUGGACAUGGAAGAUGCGGACCGAAUUCAAUGCCGCGAGGAUCUAG